AUGUUGUACACAAAGACUCUUGAUGUUCUUGAGCAAAUUCCUAAAAAUGCAGCCUAUGGCUCGUAUGCAAAACAGAUUGCAAAUGAGAAGCGGAGUCUGGUUAAAGUGGAGCCAGAUGUUAAGAAAUUAGAAGACCAGGGGCGCCUGGACCAACUUCAGGGUGGCCAACUAGCAGAGGGGAUACUUGAGGCUGCAAAUGAAGUAAGUCUGGCAAGAAAAAUGAUACACUGGAAACCACGGGAGCCUUUGGUGGAAGAGCCUCCUGUCAACCAGUAG